AUGAAAUUGUUCUAUGUUUUGGCUUUUUUGCUUGGAGCAUUUUUCAUAUUAUCUGAUGCUAGGAGCCCAAGAAGCUGCUUCAAAAAAUUGAAUAGUAUGAUAUUUUUGAUUUGUGAAGGACCAUGUGAACACGACGCUUCUGACAUGCUGCAGCUCGCGUGCUCCGGAACACAAGUACCAAAAUCGGAGAUCAAGCUUAGAUGCUGCCCAUAG